AUGUCUGAGGAAAUUCCAGCUGAUACUGCAAAAAAUAUGGCUGUGCAGUUGAUCAACGAGGAUAAAGAAUUCUCGCAAGGGUUACCAGUUUACUUCAAUAAUUGCUUAGGAGGUAGAGAUAUUGAUCAAAACUAUCAUGUUAUCUCUGUAUUUGGUUCUCAAUCUAGUGGUAAAUCUACACUGCUAAACCUUUUAUUCAACACUAAUUUUGACACAAUGGAUGCUCAUGAAAAGAGACAACAAACCACUAAAGGUAUUUGGCUUUCUCAUACACAAGCCGUUAAUACCAAUAGAGGUGUUCGUAGCGACCCAGGAUCUGAUAUAUUUAUUUUAGAUGUUGAAGGUUCUGAUGGUGCUGAACGUGGUGAAGAUCAGGAUUUUGAAAGGAAGGCUGCCUUAUUUGCCAUUGCUGUCUCGGAAGUUAUGAUUAUUAACUUAUGGGAGCAACAAAUUGGUUUAUAUCAAGGUAAUAACAUGGGAUUGUUGAAGACUGUCUUUGAGGUCAAUUUAUCUCUCUUCGGAAAGAAUUCUAAAAGAUCAGAUGCAUCUUCCCAUUCUCAAAAACAUAAGAUGCUGCUGUUGUUUGUAAUUAGGGAUCAUAUCGGAGUCACUCCAUUGGAAAGUUUGAGUUCUACACUAACAAGUGAAUUAGAAAAUAUAUGGAAGGAUUUAAGUAAACCUGCUAGUUGUCAGGAUUCUACAAUUUAUGAUUUCUUUGAUUUGAAAUUUGUUGGGUUGAGCCAUAAAAUUCUAAGAGCAGAUAAAUUCUUGGAAGAUGUAAAAAAUCUGGGGGACAAUUUCUCUAAUAAAGAAAAUAACGAUGAAUAUUUGUUCAAACCGGAAUUCCAUCACAUGCUACCACUUGAUGGUUGGAGUAUGUACUCUGAAAACUGUUGGGAUCAAAUUGAAAAUAACAAAGACUUAGAUUUGCCAACUCAACAGAUUCUUGUUGCAAGAUUUAAGACUGAUGAAAUCAUGAAUGAAACUCUGACCAAAUAUUUUGAAAAUUAUGACUCUAAUAUAAAACCAUUGAUAUUGGAAAACAAUAAAGACGCUUUAAUCGAAAUGUUGGUCUCUAUAAAAGUUCAAUCUACAGGUAUGUACGAUGAUUUAGCAAGCCGUUACACCAAACAAAUUUAUCUUGAAAACAGAAUUAAAUUACUUUCAAAGAUCAAUGACAAAUUUCAAGAAACUAUCGAAUUAUUUAUUCAAGGAACAUCUACAGAAUUAAUUGAUUCCUUAAAAAAAUCACUAUCAACAAAUGACGAUGAAACUUCAUCUUUCAAUGAAAUUUUAAUUGAAAUUUCAAAAGACAUCACAACUAGAUUUCAUGAAUUUAUUAGCAAUUUUAAAGAGAAAGAUUUAAUUAAUGAAGAAUCUAUUGCUGAACUUAACGCUAAAUUUACUAAAUUUUUAAACAAGAAGCAAAAUGAACUUCGUGCUAUCCAAGUUAAGAGCAUUAUUUCCCAGUUCAAAAAGAAUAUGAAUUUUGCGAUCAAAGAUAAUGUAAUCUCUUACCUAGCAAAUCCAUCAGAUGACGUUUGGGAUAGAGUCAUGUCCUUCUUUAAGAGAUCAAUGGAUGAACUGUUGAUCAAAUUCGAAACUACAUCUGACAAUAGUAUGAAAACAUAUGAUUUCCAAGUUGGGUUUACCCCGGAAUUAAAUGACACCAUCUACAAAAGGUUACGUUAUAUAGCAUGGUAUUUACUCAAUGUUACCGUUCAUGAUUAUUUGAAAGAGGAUGCAGUUAUUGGAAUAUUAAGAGAGAAAUUUGAAAAUUCGUUUAGAUAUGAUGAAAAUGAUACACCAAUACUUUGGAAGGAUGAAAACCAAAUUGACAAUGCCUUCAAAAUCGCUAAAGAACAGGCAUUGAAUAUAUUUGGGGUUUUAUGUAUUGCAAAAACGACUGAUAAUACAGAAAUUAUACCUGAUGUUAGAGUGGAAGAUGUUGAAGUUGAAGAUGAUCUAGGAAUUUAUCAUUUAGAGCGGUUUGCCCAUAUUAUAAACGAAAUCCAAAAGGAGAAAAUUUUGAGACAAUUUAGGAGACAAAUUAACUUAAGCGUCCUUGAUGCCAAGAGAUCCAUGAUUACAACCACCACACAUAUUCCAAUUUGGGUAUAUGCUUUAAUCGUGGUACUUGGUUGGAAUGAAUUUAUGAUGAUCCUAAGGAAUCCAUUGCUGAUUACGUUACUGUUAUUGGGUGUUGUAGGUGCAUAUUUUGUUAAUAAAUUUGAUUUAUGGGGACCUGUCUUAAAUGUUGUCAAUAGUGCUAUAGGAGAGACGAGAUCCACAAUUAAGGAUAAACUAAGAACGUUCGUUCUGGAAGAAGGAGAAUUAAAUCAAAGUAACAGAAAGCAAGCUCCAGAUGAAUACGAAAUGAAUGAUUUUAAAAAAGAACAAGAGGAGGAGGAGGAAGAGAAGGUAAUAGAUGAGAAAAAAGAUAUAAAUGAAUAG